AGGCGUUAUAACGAAACACUAGUGGCAGCGGCUAUUUCUUUUUCUACGACAUUAGCUCGUUUUUACUCGUUAUGCAAGUUUGUGUCAGUUGUCGGUACUCACGUAGUUAUGCGGCAUUUAACAUGUUCGUGAAAAUGCCUUGAAACCAAGUAUACUCGUUUUAAAGGAUGUUAUUUCAUCCGUGAGUGAAUGCUGUUAUACAAACUUCCAGUUUCACAGUGUCACGGUCUUACGUAGCUAAAUUAAGAUGGAAGAUUCGAUUUGCAGCUGAAUGAAAUGGAUGGAACUAAACACUUGCUUCGGUGUCCGGUCUGAUCCCGACCUAGAUUGAAUCGAUGAGAUAUCUAGUAAUUUGACUGACCCCUGGGCGUAACUGAUAUUUGCGAUUCUUCAGUUAUAUCACGAAAAUGGACAUCGCUGUUCAAGACGGAUUGGAUCAUUCCACGCACAGCACAACUGUUCCCACUGCUGCCUGGUUGUGUGCAGAAAUGUUGGAUGUGGCACAGAAAGCCUGCCAGGCUGGAGACUACAACUUUGCUGUUGAGAUCUACAGCUCUCAACUUGCAGAUCUUCAGCAACCAGACAGGCCUCUGUGUCUACUGAAGGCAGAUGCGCUUAGCAGGGCUGGGCGCAUAGGAGAGGCACUGGACUCGUAUUGUGCUGCCGCCAAACUGGACAGUUUAAAACCCCAAGAAUUAGGAUCUCUUGUUGACUGUAUUACGAACACCUUGCGCGAAAAGGAAUUGUGCAUCUCAGCUCCAAGUAAGACUUCGUCAUGCCGAGUUGGAGUUAACAAAAACGAGUUGAACCGUUCAUGUUCAGAGGAUGACUUAUCUGAGGAUGAAGAACCACUGGACUUUUUCUCUUGCCAUUUUUGCAAGUGUCUCUUGACAGAGCCUGUGACCUUAGAAUGUGGCCAUACAUACUGCAAAUAUUGUCUUGAAGAUAAUCACGUCACAGAAUGUAAACUGUGUCGAUAUAAACUGAGCAACUCAACGGGCAAAGUGAAGCCAACUGCGUUUAAAGUCAAUGUGGUCCUAAGCAGCCUGUUGGAAAAGUGGUUUGUUGCGGAGAGUCAAGCAAGGCGAUACUGGCUGGAGGGGGAGAGACUACGGACUAAACACGACUUCCUCAACGCCCUAGAAAGAUACAACAAAGCUGUAGAAAUGGCCCCAACUAUAGCCAGGUUACUGGAGCGGAGAGCAGAACUACAUCAGGAGAUGGGGAACUUCAGACUGGCCCUUCAGGAUGGGGACAGCAUGUGUCAACUGAAGCCUCUGUGGCCCACGGCCCAUUAUGUGAGAGCAUUGGCUUUGAGCAAAGCCGGACGGAAUGAAGAAACCUUAAAAGAGUAUUUCUAUUGUGUGGCUCUGAAGCCUAACUGCAUCACUAUCAGACUGGAGGCUCAGAAGCUGUUGAGUGACAUGUUCUCCUCCUUGUUUGAGAAGGACAGUCUGACCGCAUUACUCCACCCCUGUCAGACAGGCUUCGCCUCCCCUCUUAAGCCCGCCUCCUUACUCUUGGGAUCAUUAAAUUCCGCCCCUCAAAAAGAAAGCCAGACGGAAGGGCCCUCGGACGUCACCGCCAAGCCCCAGACAUGCGCUGGGGACUCCAAGAACCUGGGUUUAGUCCUCAGUGCCUUACUUUGCACCUCUGGUCUGAAAAGGAAAUGCCAAGACAACCCUCCAAACUUAGCAACCGCCAACAAGUUGCCCAGAAAAGAUGAAGGUUGCUCCUCAUCCCAGGCUCCUGUUGCCCAUAGUGGUGAGAGGGAGGUGCCUACCCAUCUCUUGGACAGCACUGACAUGGAGUGCUCUCUUUGUAUGAGGCUAUUUUAUGAGCCUGUCACCACCCCCUGUGGACACACAUUCUGUCUGAAGUGUCUGGAGCGCUGCCUGGACCACAACCCAAACUGCCCACUGUGCAAAGAGAACCUCGCUGAGUACCUGGCCUCUAGAGGGAACCAGAAGACCCUGUUGGUUGAAGAAAUGCUACAAUGUUAUCUCUCUGAGGCGCUGGCUGAGAGAAGGAAAGUCCAUGAAGAGGAGAUGAAGGAGCUAUCCAACUUGAAGCAGGAAGUGCCCAUCUUUAUCUGCACGGUUGCAUUUCCCACAAUCCCAUGCCCUCUUCACAUCUAUGAGCCAUGCUAUAGGCUCAUGGUCCGACGCUCAAUGGAAACAGGAACCAGGCAGUUUGGAAUGUGCAUCGCUGAUGAUCUCAAGGGUUUUGCUGACUACGGCUGCAUGCUGGAGGUGAAGGAUGUGAAGGCGUUUCCCGAUGGCCGUUCGGUGGUGGACACGGUGGGAGUGUCUCGGUUUCGAGUGCUGAGCCACGGCCAGAGGGACGGGUACAGCACAGCCAAGAUAGAGCUGCUGGAGGACAAGAAGGUGGAGGGGGCGGAGCUAGAGAAGCUGCAGAAGCUGCAUGACUCUGUGUACGAGCAGGCUACUUCCUGGUUCACCUCCCUCAAAGACAACAUGAAGAGCCAGAUCCUCAGCCACUUUGGACAGCUGCCCGGGAAAGAGGCUGACAUUCAGGCCAGUCCCAGCGGCCCUGCUUGGUGCUGGUGGCUCCUGGCCGUCCUGCCACUGGAGAAACGUGCUCAGCUCAGCAUCUUGUCCAUGACCGCCUUCCGAGACAGGCUGGGCGCCGUGCGCCGUGUGAUCCUCCUCGUCACACGCAAACGCCAGGCACGGUGACAAGCUGUCCAACUGUUCGGUGCAGUUCUUACUAAAAAUUGACUUUCAGUCACUGAAAUGAUGCGAAAACUUCUUUGAAUGGGGACAGCUGGUGGAUUACAGUUUCUUAUGUAGUUCCAAGUAUUCGUAGGGUGAGGAUGUGAAACACCAUUGUAGAUGUAAAUACUGUGUCUUUGAAUCAGUGCGUCCUUUAACCCAAACUGUGUGUCCUGUUGUACAUGUUAAAUGAUGAGAGCCUUAAAUUAUUGUUAUUCCAAUUGCAUAUUUAUAUACUUACUAUCACACAAUAAACAUGUUUUUAUUUAUUAA